CGCACCUUCGCCUGGUGUGGGUGCUGGAGUUGCGCAUCACGCGUUCCCAGCGGGACAGAAAGGUUAUUACCCCUCUGCAGUAGACCAUGUCUCCCACGCCACUUAUGUUUGUCCAUACCCACCACUCACUUACGCUCUACCUAUACCAUACCAAGGAUACCCCCACCAACAUCACGGGCCUAGGCUUGCAACGGGCUCUGCUUCCUCAUCUCUCCCUCAAGCACCAAGUUUUUCGGUCGGUAAAAAGCGCGUUGCAGAAGACCUCCAAGACUGCGACGUCAAGCGAACCAAAAUAUGCCCUGACGGGAUGAAGAACGACCCAUUAUUUAAACCCUUGUUAGAUCAAGAUGGUCAACCCAACGGGACAUUCGUGUGUUCUAAAGACGGCAUGGUACUCUAUCCCGAAAGCUAUCUUAAGCACCUCAGGACAAACAAGCACCUAGGCUUAAAACAAAGGAAAUUUAAAUGCCCUGGUUGUUCUAAAUAUUAUUCCCGACGUGAUGUAUGCAAGAGGCAUUGGGACGAGAGUUGUGGAAAGCUAGCAGCUGAUGGCGCUGGGCAAUCAUACUCGGCCGCUUGCAAAAAAUCCAUGAGGUCCGCUUCUGCCGCACUUGUGACAGCACCUACCACGGCGUUCACGUAUUCUUACCCGUACCCCAUGCCCGCCACGUCGAUUGUGCAGUUCGCACCCCCAGCCGCUUGUGUUACGCAGUGGUACGGAACGCCCAGUUUUGUGAACCCCGCACUUUGCCUCUCUCAAUCACCAGAGAAUAAUACGGUAGCAGUGCCCGCCGAAGACGACGGCGAUGACGAUGAUGACGACGACGACGACGACGACCCUGAUUUUUGGGAGGCUAAUGAGAUAAAGGACGUGGAUGAGAUGUAGCUAUAUUUCACUCCUGCUACUGACUACUUUCUUUGUUUUAUCAUCUAUUGUCGUUCAUUUACACAUAGUCUUUCUACACACAUUCUUUUUAUUCUCUAUGGCAUAGCACACUACUCUUCAUUCAAACUACUACGAUCGUUAUUAUCGUUAUCAUUAUCGUUAUCAUCAUCAUGGUGAUUUGAUAAUUUGUUGGUUAUAAUACAACACUCU